AUGAGUGGGAAAGAUGUUGAAAUAAUUCAGAAAUGUGAUGAAUUGACUCCCCCUAAUUCUUCAAGAAGUCAGAAUCCUGAACGUCUUCGCAGGGGCUUAUUUCCCUUUAAAAGGGUCCAAACUGAGGAUGAUACUUCCUGGUUUGACAUUUUUGGCUUUGGUUCCCGCCGAUUUCUUAACAAUAAUUUGAGCUAUGGCUUGACCCUUGCUCUUCCGCAGUGCGAUUGCCGGCGGCUUUCAGCAAACCCAAUCACUUUCAACGUUGAGCAGGCAAUUAAAGAUAACCCUAACUUCAAAAAGCUUCCGAAGCAAGUAAAAGGCGAGCGUUGUUCUCGAUUUAAUCAGUGGUGGCUGAAGUGCUGUCAGUCAGCGGUUCUGAAACAACAAGGGGUUUACUGGAAUUUGAUUCAGCUAUUAGGUGCCAAAGUUGUCGUUAAUUCUAAGGAAACAUCGGUAUCUGAGCUGGUGCUAGGAAGGAGGAUUACAUUGGCAAUUGAGAUGGAUAUUAAGCGUACAUAUCCAUCACUAAGAUUUUUUACUCGUUACGGCCGAAGUAUGAUGAGACGUAUACUACUGGCCUAUGCUUUCUUUGAUACGGAAGUGGGAUACGUUCAAGGAUUGAAUUUUAUAGUCGCAAAUUUGUUAUGGCAUUCAAGUGAAGAACAAGCCUUUUGGGCACUUAUAUCAAUGAUGUAUUUAUAUGAUUUAAGAUGCAUGUUUUUGCCGGGACUGCCAGGAGUAUUUAAAAGAUGUGAAAUACUUGAACAUUGUAUGAUAAAAUAUAUACCGAAAUUACACGAUCAUCUGAAGUCAGUUGGAGUACACAUACCCAUGAUAGCAUCGGACUGGUUCAUGACAUUAUGCGCCAAUUCUAUACCCAUAAAAGCUCUUGUACUGAGUUUACCAGGAUUGUUGUGGGAUUGUUUCUUUUCAGAGGGCUGGAUUGCAAUUUUCAGAUUCAUUCUUUACCGUUUAAAACAAUUUGAAGAUUAUUUGGUAACAAUGAGUGAUAUCGCUGAUAUUAUGAAGGUCAUAAAGUACGGAAACGCAAGCUUAACAGAGAAAUGGCGCCUAAUGGAACUCAUCCCAGGAUUUGGAGGAGUUAAUCGCAGAAGAAUAGAACUUAUAAAUGCUGCAUAUUCUACCAAUGUAGACAAUCUGACUAAUGAUCCGAACAAGAACAGUAAUGACUGUGACUGGCUAGCCAUUGUUGAGGCCUCUUUACUGUGCAACUUUGAGUCCAAUUUCAUUGAGGACCUGGAACUGACUAACUCAGAAAUCAUGUACCACGAUUUACCAGUAAUUACUAACCAAGUGGCAAAUAAAUUUGGUAAUAAUGGAGUUUUGGCUGGUAAAUCAAGUGAAUUGAGUGAUCUGGACGAGGCCAUGAAAUCGUGUGUAUCGUCAGAAAAUUCAAUUUACCUUAGCGAGGAUGAAUCUUACAACAAGCUCAACACGACCAAUAUUUCUAGUUCUACAAAUGCUGAAACUGUUAUUUCUGAGGAUAAUGUCCCCAAUUCACCAAAUAAUGUCGAUGACGCCGAGAAUAUGAAGUUGGUAGAGCAUUUGAGUAAAGACAGUGGAAUUCCCAUGUUAAGUGAUUCGAUUAAGAUUUUAUAUGAAAAUUCGUUAGGAGAUAUCGCACAGGAUUUGGAGAAGCUUGCAAUUUCUUUCAGAUCCCAGUUAGAUGCAAUUGGCGUUUCUAAGGCUUACCACUUACAUCUUAAGGCUUUACAGGAUGAAUUGCCUAACAAAUUAUUUCACACCUAA